UACGCUACGUGUUAUCUAUCAACUGUAAGCAAAUGAUAUGAGUUAAUCAAUAUUUUCAAGUGCCUACUCAACCAUUCAACAUUCAUAAAAGUUAGUGCAAAAUAAAAAUCGAAGUACUUGUUGAACUUGUUAGAUAAUGAUCUACGAAAAAGUAACACAUAUCCUCUUUGAUCUAGAUGGUCUGCUAAUUGAAUCUGAGGCGAUAUACGAGAAAAUAGCCAGAGAUAUAGCCAAAGAAUUCGGGAAAAAAUACACCAAAGACGUGAAAAUAAAGGUGAUGGGCACCCCAGAACCAGAAACCGCCAGAAUAAUAAUCCAGGAACUCGAAUUACCCCUCACCCCCGAAGAAUUCCUAGCUAAGUACGAAGUCAAGGUCAGGGAAGAUCUGAAAAGCCCAAAGCUGAUGCCCGGAGCCGAAAACCUGAUCAGGCAUUUCCACGAAAACGGCAUUCCAAUAGCCAUAGCGACCUCGUCAAGGCAAGACUUGAUGGAAAUGAAGAUCAUGCCUCAUCGUGAGCUAUUCGAUUUGUUUGACCACUUUGUAUGCUCUAGCUCUGAUCCCGAGGUCAAACAAGGGAAGCCUGCCCCAGACAUAUACUUGGUGUGUGCUUCUAGGUUUCCAGAUAAACCUGAUCCUUUCAAGUGCCUGGUAUUCGAAGAUGCUGUGAAUGGUGUUAAAUCUGCUCUGAGAGCUGGAAUGCAAGUAGUCAUGGUUCCUGAUCCAGAUGUUCCAAAUGAACAAAGAAAACAGGCAACUUUAACUCUGAACUCCUUAGAAGACUUUCAACCUGAACUCUUUGGUCUACCAUCUAUGGCCUGCAGGUGUUGAAAGAAUAGUUGGAGAUUUUGUUUCAUUUCGAACGACUUGAGUUUAGCUAAACAGGGUCAGAAUCAGAAUAAGACAGAUAGUAACGUUUUA